AUGGUGUGUCUGAUGCUCAUCCUGAGCCAUUCCCUGGGACCAGGGGGGUUGUCCCUCUCCGGGGUGACAUCCCUUCCUGCCCAGCAGUGCCAGCCCUGCUCUGGUCCCCAGGGGGGUGGCAGCCACCGCCUGGCGCUGCAGAGGAUGGCGGGACACCUGCUGUCCCUGCGCCGCCGUGUCGCCAGCCUGGAGGCGGAGAACGGGCACCUGCGGCACAGCCUGGCCCGGCUGCGGGAGCCGGAGCAGCUCCGCGGCACCGACACCGACGUGCUGGGCCGGGACGAGCUGCUGGACAGGCUGGCCACCCUGUCCCAUGAGCUGGCGGCGGGCGCGCUGGAGCUGCGGGCACUGCGGGACCGGGUGCAGCGGCUGCAGAACGAGCUGAUCCGGAAGAACGACCGCGAGAAGGAGCUGGUGCUGCUCCAGCGGCGGCAGCAGCUGGCACUGAGGCGCUGCCAGGACAGGGCGGCCGAGGCCGGGGCGCUGCAGCGGGCGCUGCGGCAGCAGGACAAGGUGAUCGAGGCCAUGGAGCGGCUGCUGCUGCGGGACAGGAGCGCCGAGAGAGCCGCGGGUGCCACCCUGGCGGCGCUGCUGGCCCAGAAGCGGCUGCGGGAGGAACCGGCCCGACCCGCCCGGGCCGCGCCGGACACGGCCCGGGGGUGGCAGCGGCGCGGGGCCGAUCCCGACCCGGCGCUCCCGUGCCCGCAGCGGCUCCCGGGGCCCGGUGAGAAGCUGGAGCUGCUGGCGCGGCUGGAGCGGGAGCAGGGCCGGGCCCGGGCGCUGGAGAGGCAGCUGCAGGAGGCUGCCCGGAGCUGGGCCCGGGGCCAGCAGGAGUUGGGGACGCGCCUGCGGGAGCAGGAGCACGGCCUGGCCCUGUGUCCCUCUGCCCACCCCAAGCCCUCCCGUGGGAAUGACCCCCAGUGA